AUGGCACUGCACCCAUUCGGUAUUACCUCGACUGUCUUCUUGGUCCUGUACAGCAUCGUCUUCAUCUGCCUCGUUGCAGGCUUUGCGGCCCAACGCUCCAGCUUCAAAAGUCGCUGGGCCUUUCUCCUCUUCCACGUCGUCGUACGUCUCGGCGCCCAGAGCGUCGGGAUCGCCCUGGACCAGUAUGGAGUGGCUUCAUCUACAGGACUGGCACUGUUAAAGGCUUUCAUCACGCUCUCUGCCGAGGGCUACCUCACACUAGUCCUCUGUAUCCUGCGACAAUUGAUCUCUUGGCAAAGACGAUCCUUCGGUCACUCAUGGGUCCACGGCAAGUCAGACAAGAGCUACCUCAAGCUCAGCUACAAGGAAGCGUCCCAGUCGCCCGAAUUUAUUCUUGACUUGAUGCUAGGCGCUGCCAAUGCACUGGUCAUCGUCGGUGGUCUGCUUCCCCUUGCCAUGGACAGAGACAAGAUCGUUGAAGCAUGGGAGACGGAUGCGCCCCUCAUCCAAUCUUCCAAGGCCUUGAGAGGUGUCGGUCAGGGCAUAUUUCUCGCCAUCACCAUAUUUGCGGUGACGGCACUAGGCCACGACGCAUUCACCAGGUCCAAGAGGGUCUCGUCUAAAUUGAGGACGGAGAUUACGAUACUGGUGGCCGCUUGCCCGUUCAUCGUAGUCCGAGGUGCCUUUGGCCUGGCCCAAGCAGUCGACAGUAUGAUCAACUUCGCUGGACCCUACAUCUACAGCGGCGCCUAUGGAGGUAGCUUUGAGACUUCCUUUGUCAUCAAAGAAGCCGUGCUGGCAACUGCAAUGGAGUGGUGCACUUGUGCUUGUCUCCUAGCGACGGCAAUGGCUGCACCCAGCAAGAGUCAUCAAGCUGAUGCUGACUCCGACGCAGAUGUAGAGACAGCAGUGGCCCCUAGCGUAGACGGAGGGAAGUCGCCUAAAGGAUGA